GGCCCCGGGGUUCCUGGCAGCCGGAGCCGCCGCCGCUCCGCAUUCCUCCGUCUUCCUAAAAGGGGCGAACAUGGCGAUGGGCAGGAUGAGGUGAAGAGGAGAAGGAGGAGGAAAAAGAAAAGGGGAAAAAAAGGAAAACGAGAAAAAUAAAAAAGAAAAGGAAAAAAGCGGGAGAGAGAAAGGAAAAAAAAAAAGGAAAAAAGAGGAAAACAGGGACGGGGGAUGCCAGCAGCGGCGGCGCGGUGAUUUCCUUCCCUCCCCCCUCCUCCUCCAAAAGGCAAAAAAAAAAAAAAAAAGCAGCAAAAAAGCCAGCCAAAAAAGAAAAAAAAAAGGCAAAAAACCCACCCCGCAUCCAACCCAGCAAACCACCCAUCCCAACAGUUCUUGUUUUUUCAUGGAGAGCAAAAACCCCAGGCAAGCGGAGGAGGACCGGGACUCCUUUGCGCGGAGACCUUUGCAUCAAAAUGCUGAUAGUCGAAAAAACGACUGACUACCCUUCGGCUGAGUACUCCCUGGUGGAGGAUGUAGCCCUCCACUUCACGUGUUUGAUGGACAGACUGAACGAGCAGCGCCUCUUUCAGCCGGACCUGUGUGACGUGGACAUUGUGCUAGUGCAGCACAAGAGCAUCUUCCCUGCGCACAAGGGAGUCCUGGCAGCCUACAGCCAGUUCUUCCACUCCCUCUUCACCCAGAACAAGCAGCUGCAGCGCGUGGAGCUCUCUCUGGAGGCUCUCACCUCACAGGGCCUCCAGCAGAUCCUCAACUUCAUCUACACCUCCAAGCUCCUCGUCAACUCCUGCAAUGUGCAGGAUGUGCUGAACGCAGCCGCCGUGUUGCAGAUGAACAACAUUGCCUCCUCCUGCCAGGACCUCCUCGACACCCGCUCGCUCAGCCUGGCCACUGACAUGGCCCUGCCUGCUGAGGGCUGUGCCGGACCCCCACCCUACUACUGCGAGAUCAAGCAGGAGGUGGAUACCCCCCAUCCCAAGAUCUACGCCCGGGAGGGCAAUGACCCCUAUUCAGUGCGGGUGGAAGAUGGCACGGGUGGUGGGACGCUUCCCCCUGGUCCAGCCAAGCAGUACUACAAGGAGGAGAAGGAUGGUGGUCCAGGUGCUGUCUGUAAGAUGGAGGGUGAGGAGUCGGAGGAGGACCUGGACAGCCAGGGCUCAUACAACCGGGAACAGAUCAUUGUGGAGGUGAACCUCAACAACCAGACCCUCAAUGUCUCAAAGGGCACGGAGGGGAAGGGAGCUGCCAGUGAGGCAGCUGUGAUGGGGAGGCCUGAUGGUGAUGGGCGAGACACAGAGGAGGAUGGGGAGGAGGAGAAUGAGGAAGGGGAGGAGGAGGAGGAAGAGGAGGAUGCGGAGGUGGGUGAGGAGGAGGAGGAGGAGCACAGUGAGGAGGAAGACCUGGAGGAGACGACUGAAGAAGAGGAUGACGACGACGAUGAUGAAGACGCGUCAGAAGUGAAAAGGGAAAAGUGUGGGCAGCCCCGCAGAGGCAGCCGGGCCUCCAAAGCCACCAAACCUGCCAUGGCAACCAGGUCUCAGGAGAUGGCCAAGGUGGAAGAGGAGGAGGAGGAGGAGGAGGAGGAAGAAGGGCAGCGAGGAAGGAAGAGGAAAAAGGAACAGGAUAGUUUGGGCCAGAAGGUGAAGCUGGAGGAGAAGCAGCACUACCCAUGCAAGAAGUGCCCCCGGGUCUUCAACAACCGCUGGUACCUGGAGAAGCACAUGAACGUCACGCACAGCCGCAUGCAGAUCUGCGACAAGUGCGGCAAACGCUUCCUGCUCGAGAGCGAGCUGCUGCUGCACCACCAGACUGACUGCGAGAAGAACAUCCAGUGUGUGACGUGUGGGAAGGGGUUCAAGAAACUCUGGUCCCUCCAUGAGCACAACAAGAUCGUUCACGGCUAUGCCGAGAAGAAGUUCUCCUGCGAGAUCUGUGAGAAGAAGUUCUACACCAUGGCCCACGUGCGCAAACACAUGGUUGCUCACACCAAGGACAUGCCAUUCACCUGUGAGACCUGUGGGAAGUCCUUCAAGCGCAGCAUGUCCCUCAAGGUCCACUCACUCCAGCACUCUGGGGAAAAGCCUUUUAAAUGCGAGAACUGCAAUGAACGCUUCCAGUACAAGUACCAGCUGCGCUCCCACAUGAGCAUCCACAUUGGCCACAAGCAGUUCAUGUGUCAGUGGUGUGGCAAGGACUUCAACAUGAAGCAGUACUUUGAUGAGCACAUGAAGACGCACACGGGCGAGAAGCCCUACAUCUGUGAGAUCUGUGGGAAGAGCUUCACCAGCCGCCCCAACAUGAAGCGGCAUCGCCGGACCCACACGGGCGAGAAGCCGUACCCCUGUGAUGUCUGUGGCCAGCGCUUCCGCUUCUCCAACAUGCUGAAAGCCCACAAGGAGAAAUGCUUCCGCGUCAGCAACCCCUUGGCUUCGGACACGGCCGUCCCCCAACCUGCCACCAGCCCUGCUCCGUUGCCUCCCGGCCCUGGCAUCUCCCCCCUGCCCCUGCCACUGCUCCAUCCCCUUCCACAGACCCUCCCUCCUCCUCCUCACCUACCGCCACCCCCUCCCCUGUUUCCUGCGGGCAGGGUAAAUUCAAACAACAACUAGGUGCCCCCAUCCCGGCCAUGUGCCUGCACAGACUGCUCAGCCCUUUGGGAAUGCCUCCCCCCAGGGGAGCCAAGGCUUUGCUUGCUCUCUACCCCUUUUCCUCCUCGUUUUGGGGUUGUUUUGGUAUGUUUUUUCUUUUUCUCACCCGUCGUUCUCCACAGAGAGGGGGAGCAGGAGGAAGCCCCCUGCACCGAGGAGCAUGGGUGUUGGGGGGGUAGCUGCCAUCCGUCCGUAAGGGUGUAGGUAAAAGGCGUCACUUUCUGUUACAUCUUCCCAUGCAUCAGCUUCAUCUUCAGCCAGGAUGCUGGUGAUGCUUGGAGGAGCAGGAUGCUGUGCCAUCCGGGGUUGUGCUCACCGGUGGUGCACUCCCGCUUGCUAGCAGAAUGAAUGCCUGCUGGUGCUUCGAUAUUUAUAAUAAGCCCAAAUCUAGUUAGUGGUGCUUGAAUCCCUGUACUGUAAAGCUGGUCUUUCAAUCCAGGCUCUUUUCCCAAGAGGCUGAGAGGUGAGCACCACAGAAGAGCCCCCGACAGCCCUGUCUGCCAGCCCCGGUGGCCCGCGGCGGGUGAGCAGAUGUCCCUGUUGGAAAGCUGUCAGCCUGCUCUCAUUAGCGGCCCUUGCCACGUCUUCCUUCCCUGUGACAGGUUUUCCUCCUAGGUAGGCAAAAGCACAAACACCAGCGUUGCAUCUCGGGGCAUCGGCAGCUCACUGCCGGUUCCCUUUUGGGGUGCCCUAAGGAGUCUGUCUCUGGUGUGCCCUUUCUGCUAAUCCCAGCAGGAGCUGGGCUCCUGGGGAUGCUCUGGAGUUGGAAAAUGUCUCUGGGAGAGCUCAGAUGGCCUCGGGACCAGCGGGAAUGUAGCCUGGGAUAGAGAAGAAGGAUACUGCCAUUUCUCAGCAGAAUUGGCCCAGAAUAGUGCCUUAACAAUUUGAAUAAACCCCUUUCUAAUGGGUGAGCUCCAGGCUAGGUCCCAUUGCAAAGUUCAGAGCUAAAGCCAGACCACAUUCAGCCUGACGAUUAUGUCUCAUCCUCCAGCUCAUUGCCUGCGUUGCUCUCCCAAGCUUUGCCACUCCCUUUGGGGUUGUCAUCUGUUUCCCUGCCCUGGCUUGGGGGGACCAGUGAGGGCUGUGUUUGAUUUGGUGAUGUCCCACGGUAUUGGUUAGCACUUCUUUGGCCAUGUAGUGUUUGUUGAAGCUGAGUUGGUCUUUGGUUUCACUUCAGGUUUGCUUCAUGCUGGUGGUAGGAGGCUUUGCUGUUAACUUUUUAUUGGUCCAAGCUGGGUAUCUCACUGCUGUGCUCUGCAUCAGGGAGUCACACAUUGGCCUGUCCAUGGCUGUGUGGUCUUUCUUCCAGGGGAAAUGUCCCCUUUGGAGCUGGGGAGAGCUGCAGAUGCUGCAGAGCAUCCAGCACAGGCAGAGAGGUGCUGGCCAAGAGGUAUUGCGCAUAGCAGUUGAUGUCUUGCUGUCAAGGCCAGCGCUAUAGAUGCAUGUGGUCAGGUCAUGGAGGAAGUCGUGAGCUAUUGGUAGGCAAGAAGGAAGAGAGGACCUUGAGCAGGCUGCAGGAGCCCUUUCUUAUUUGCAUCUUGUUCUGGGUGACAGCAGGGUGCUGGGCACAGUGGGCACAGGCCACAUCUGGCCCUGCAAGAAAUCCUGGUGCUUUGUCUCCUGGCCUAAAUCAGUAAAGUGCUUGGGCAGCACUGAGGCUGUCCCUGCAGAGGUGGAAGGAUUCAGCCACGUGCAAGGGGCUUUGCUGAAUGGGAACAUUCAGGAGCAUUGCCCUGAUAGGGACAGGACAGGGGAGCAUCUGCUGUUGUCCUGAGUACUCUUUGACAGAAUGGGUUAGGUGACUAUUGUUCCCUCCUGCUGAGUGGUGGUCCCCUGUGCCUG